AGGAGAGGACUCGAGAAAUGCCAGAUUGGUUGCAAUCAUGUUUGCUUUACAUUAUCGUAUGGAAAUCUGCUGACCAUUUUAUCAUGCUGAUAUCCUAGUGUCUAAUAUGCCACAAUUACUUUCAAAAUAGGCAUAAUGAAAACAACUACCUGAGAAAAACUUUAGACAUGAGUACUGUUAUGUAGCCAUGAGCCUCUCAACUCUCUCAAGUCGGAGAUGACAUUGCAGAGCGUUUGCAAUAUUGCAUAUUGUGCUUUGUUUUUGGACACAGGAAUUUCUCCGUUAUUUUGCGAGAUUAGUAGCGAUUUCAUAAGAAACUGCGUGCUCCUGCUUGGAAAUUUAGAUCUAAAUGACCAAAUGGCUGAAAAUGACUUUUCGUUUGUGCAGCGGUGUGAUUUCUAUUAAGGUCCUAGAAAUGAAGAUUGUUAGUGUACAUUAUGGUAAAUCGUACAGAAGUUAGAUAAAACCCUUCUUUUCCCGAACUCUUGUCUUGCAUAUGACAUAUGUGCAUCACGCUUUACCAGAGAUAGUCAGACAUGAGACACCUAACUUUCAUCAGAAUUGGCUAAAAACGACUGAAUUAUCGUAGUCCGCUGAGAUAUUAUCUGUGUUUUCUUUUCAAAGGAAUGGAAUCAUUCUGAUUCUAUUUAGUGGAAUGCUUCCCGGGCUCAUAAACGAAGUAGUUUUCGCAAAAAACUUUCUCCAUAUAAAUUUCUUUAAAUUACUUUUUAAACCAAUAUUCAGUUUUAUAACAGUUAAUUGGCAUGCCUAGUUCAUUCAUUCGGUCAAACCUUCGAACAGUUAUCACAAAAUCAUUCAACUGUUCACCUAUUAGGCUAUGCAUUAUCUAAAAAAAACCUAUUAGGCUAUUCAUGAAAAAACAGAGAGAGCUCAAAAUAGAGUACUAUAAGGUACUACAGUAUCAAAUGGCAACAAAUCAGUUCAUAUUCAAAUUCAGCAAUCAAAGUAGAGUGAGUAUCAAAAUCGAUGUAAAACCAGCACCAACUUGCGUGCCAUGUACUAAGGUGGUGUUUUAGAUAGAUUAAGAUGAAGAUAAAGUUAUUACAUGCAGAACAAGAAAAACAUUAACACAUAAUUAAUUAAGUUUCAAUUAUUAUAAAUUUGAAAAAAAGAUGGGUUUAUUUGAUAUUUUAAAUUAACUUCUAUAUAGUUUUUUUACGAGAAAUGACCGUUUAACAGUUUAAAAACCCAUAACAAAAAUCGAGGUGAAAUCUACAUCUUAAUUACUUAUAGAAAAUAAAUUCAAGAACGGGCCUAAAGUAUAUAUACCAGUACUUAGGUGGUGAUUAAAUCUCCUUAAGAUAAAGAUGAAGAUAAAUAUUAAGUGUUUCAUGCAAGACGAGGUGAUAAUAACACGUGAUUAAUUGUGUUUUAAUUAUUACAAACUUAAAAAAUGGAUUAAUCUGGUAUUUUAGAAUAACUUUCAUAUAGAAAGUUUUCGCACGAUACGCACCGUUUAGUAAUUUAAAAAGUGUGCCACUUUAAUUCAAAAUUUAAUCCACUCUUUUAAGUGGAUUCGAACGGGGCCUUAGUAAUUUCUCUAUCCCAUAAUAAUAAGUUCAUUUUUAGCUUCUUCCUUUUAUCCCAAAAUAAAUUUAGUUUUUGAGUAAUCAUUGCAUCGGAAAUUAUGAAAAUAAGAAAUAUUACUUGUAUUAAAAUUUGAUAAAAUAUGGGUAUUUGGAGGUACUAGUACGGAACUACGUACUGGUCAAUUUGAAGAGGGAGCGUGUGUGCCGUUCGGGUGUGUUCAAUUCAGAGCCUCGAUCCAACGUUUAUUAUUCCCCCAGAUCUCAACACCUCCUCCAUUUCCUUCCGCUCCCAAAUUUCAAAUUCCCUCCCCUUCCCCCUCCCCCUCCCCCUCCUCGCCGAAACCCUAAUCGCCGCCGCCGCCGCCAUGGGAGGCUCGCACAGCCGGGAGGACCUCGACCUCUCCGACUCCGAGGACGACGACUCCGCCUCCCACGCCUCCGACGCCUCCUCCGACUUCGCCACCCCACCCCCCUCCUCCUCCGCCAAGCCCAGCGCCGCCAAGUCCUCGGCCGCGGCGGCCACCCCGGCCUCCAUCGACGCGAUCGACCGCCACCUCCGCAGCCUCCACCUCAAGUACGCCGAGCCCAUCUCCCCCAACCCUAGCCCCUCCCCCACCUCCGCCGCCGCCCCCGCCGCCCUCAACGCCGUCAAGCUCUACCUCCACAUCGGCGGCUCCUCCCCCUCCGCGCGCUGGAUCAUCUCCGACCGCCUCGCCGCCGCCUCCUUCGUCCGCGCCGGGGACGACGACGACGACGACGCCCCCUCCUCCGGCCCAUGGUGCCUCGUCGUGGGGUCCAAGAUCCGGGCCAGGGUCGGGCCCGAGCUGCAGCUCAAGACGUUCCCCGCGCAGCGCCGGGUCGACUUCGUCGCCGACGGCGUCUGGGCGCUCAAGUUUCUCCACGCCGAUGGCUACCCGAAUUUCUACGCCAAGUACCAGAGCUGCCUGUUCGAGAACAGCUACGGCGUCGCCGCCACCGAUGAGGGCCGCGCCAAGGUGUUCGGGAAGGAUUUUGCGGCGUGGGCGCGCCCGGAGGACGGGGACGAGUCCAUCUGGGAGGACGCGACAGACGGGUUUGUGCCGAGCCCGAGUCGCAGCCCGAUGCCGUCGCGUAGCCCCAUUCUGAAGCCGCUCAUGGAGGACUUGAGGGAGUAUGAGGAGCCAGUGGAGGAAGGUGGAGGGAUACAGAGCCUUGCGCUUGGUGCAUUGGACAACAGUUUCUUGGUUGGUGAUUCGGGAAUCCAGGUGGUGAGGAAUUUCGAGCAUGGGAUACACGGAAAGGGCGUGUCGGUCAAGUUCUCCGGAGGGAGCACAAACUUCUCGACACCCAAGAAGGCGCUUCUUAUGCGUGCGGAGACAAACAUGCUCCUGAUGAGCCCGGCAACUGAUGGGAAGCCUCAUGCCAAGGGUGUCCAUCAGCUGGACAUUGAGACCGGAAAGGUCGUCUCAGAAUGGAAAUUUGGGAAGGACGGAGCAGAUAUUAACAUGAGGGAUAUCACAAAUGAUUCCAAGGGUGCGCAAAUGGACCCAUCAGAGUCUACCUUCUUGGGGCUUGAUGACAACAGGUUAUGCCGUUGGGACAUGAGGGACCGUCGGGGGAUUGUGCAGAACAUAGCCAGUGCUACAGAGUCGCCGGUCCUGCAAUGGACACAGGGGCAUCAGUUCUCUAGGGGCACCAACUUCCAGUGUUUCGCGUCAACAGGAGAUGGGUCAAUUGUUGUUGGUUCACUUGAUGGGAAAGUCCGUCUGUACUCGAAGAGUUCUAUGAGAAUGGCAAAGACAGCCUUCCCAGGGCUGGGUUCACCAAUUACUCAUGUCGACGUCACCUACGAUGGAAAGUGGAUCCUCGGAACUACUGACACGUACUUGAUUCUUAUAUGCACCAUCUUCAUUGACAAGGAUGGGAAGGAAAAGACAGGGUUUGGAGGGAGGAUGGGCAACAGAAUUGCUGCCCCAAGGUUGCUCAAGCUGACCCCGCUUGAUUCACAUCUUGCUGGACAGAAUAAUAUAUUCCGUGAAGGGAGGUUCUCAUGGGUGACCGAGAACGGGAAGCAGGAGAGGCAUCUGGUGGCGACGGUGGGGAAGUACAGCGUGGUGUGGAACUUCCUCCAGGUGAAGAACAGCCACCACGAGUGCUACCAGUGCCAGGAGGGGCUCAAGAGCUGCUACUGCUACAAGGUGAUCCCCAAGGACGAGUCCAUCGUCGCCAGCCGCUUCAUGCACGAGAAGUACGCCGUCAGCGACACCCCGGAGGCGCCGCUGGUGGUGGCCACCCCCAUGAAGGUCACCUCCUUCAGCAUCUCCAGCAAGCACUAGCAUCUCGCCUUUCUGCUACGACAUUUGGCGGUUUGUCGUCCGUCCCAUAUGUUGUCUUGUAACACUCACUACAGAUGAACCGUGUGCCCUUUGGUUUGCCUUUAACCUCUCUUCUUUUCUUUUCUUUUUUACCUUUGUUUUUUUACAUUAUAUAAGUACGAUGAUGAUCAUCAUCAAUUCAGCAUCAUCGUCUAUGGGUUGUGCUUUUGUUUUUCAAGUACGAUGAUAAUCAUCAUCGUCAUGAGUUGUGCCCAGGUUUCUAUGUACUCCAUAUAUUGUAGUAUUGACGAAAGAUCAUGAGACGCUUGUUACA